AUGGCGGCUCCCGGCCAGGGAGACAGGGUGUCCAAGGUGAAGGUGCAGGAGUGCCACCUGUACGCCUCGUGCGGCGAAUGCCUGGGCGCCAGGGACCCCUACUGCGGCUGGUGCUCGCUGGAGAACAAGUGCAGCGUGCGGACUAGCUGCCAGGACGCGGCCAAGGACGCGCUCUACUGGAUUAACUACAAGUCGGACCGGUGCACCACCAUCGAGUCGGUGACGCCGCACCAGCUGCAGGCCACCACGGCGCGCACGGGCCGGAACCUGAACCUGGCCUGUAAGGACACGGACGUCACAGUCAGGAUCGGCACCGAGUUCUGCAACGUCACCUCGCUCUCUCAGAACCAGCUGACGUGUAAGCCGCCGAAGAAGGCGCCGCUGGCCAUCGGCAGUGACGGCCAGCCCACCGACCGGGAGCUGCCGCAAGUUGUGGUGAGCAUCGGCAGCCGCCUGAACUACACCAUCGGCCGGCUGUCGUACGCGGCGCUGGCACACGGCAGCGGAGUCCUGCCCGAGCCGGUCAUCAUCGGCGUGGCGGUAGCGGCCUGUCUGCUGGUGCUGGCUGUCAUCGGUAUCCUGAUCGCCUACAAGCGCAAGUCAUCCGAGAGUUCGCGCGUGCUCAAGAACAUGCAGGAGCAGAUGGACGUGCUGGAGCUGCGCGUGGCCGCCGAAUGCAAGGAAGCGUUCGCCGAGCUGCAGACGGAGAUGACGGACCUGACGUCUGACAUCACCGGCAUCGGCAUUCCCUUCCUGGAGUAUCGCGCCUACUGCAUGAAGAUCCUGUUCCCGAGCCAGGAGGACCACCCGGUGCUGCAGUGGAACAACCGGCCCGACCUGCAGCGCCGCGAGAAGGGGCUGCGCCUCUUUGGCCAGCUUGUCAUCAACAAGACAUUCCUGCUGCUCUUCAUACGCACCCUGGAGAGCAACCGAUACUUCAGCAUGCGCGACAGGGUGAACGUGGCGUCGCUGAUCAUGGUGACGCUGCAGUGUCGGAUGGAGUACUCCACUGACAUCUUGAAGACGCUGCUUUCUGAGCUCAUCGAGAAGUGCACCGAGGGGAACGGCUCGCACCCCAAGCUGCUGCUGCGGAGAACCGAGUCGGUGGCGGAGAAGAUGCUGUCCGCUUGGUUCACGUUCCUGCUGUACAAGUUCCUGCGGGAGUGCGCCGGCGAGCCGCUGUACCUGCUGUACCGCGCCAUCAAACAGCAGGUGGACAAGGGCCCGGUGGACGCAGUGAGCAGCGAGGCGCGCUACUCACUCUCCGAGGAGAAGCUCAUCCGGCAGCAGAUCGACUUCACCUACAUGACGGUGUACGUGUCGAUGCCGACGCAGACGGUGUACGUGUCGGGCCUGGACCCGCACCAGGACAACGUCGACAUCCCGGUGCGCGUGCUUAACACGGACACCAUCAGUCAGACCAAGGAGAAGAGCCUCGACUCCAUCUACCGCUCGACCCCCUUCUCCAUGCGGCCGCGCAAGGAGGACCUCGACCUCGAAUGGCGCACGGGCAACUCCGGUCGGCUGAUCCUCUACGACGAGGACUCUACCACCAAGAUGGAGGCCGGCUGGAAGAAGCUGAACACUCUGGCGCACUACCGCGUGCCGGACGGCGCGCUGCUGACACUCGUGCCCAAGCAGAGCUCGCUCUACAACGUCAGCAUCCUGUCGGAGAAGUCGGACAAGUCGCACAAGUACGAGACGCUUAACCUGACCAAGUACGGCGCCCAGAGUCCGCCCCUCAGCCGAGCCAUGAGUCCCACCAACCAGGAGAACGGCAUCAAGGUGUGGCACCUGGUGCGCCACUCCGAGUCGGAACAGCGGGACGGCGAGCGCGGCAACAAGAUGGUCUCCGAGAUCUAUCUGACGCGCCUGCUGGCCACAAAGGGCACGCUGCAGAAGUUCAUGGACGACCUGUUCGAGACCAUCUUCAGCACGGCGCACCGCGGCUCGGCGCUGCCGCUGGCCAUCAAGUACAUGUUUGAUUUUCUGGACGACCAGGCGCUGCAGCACGGCAUCCUGGACCCGGACACGGUCCACACGUGGAAGAGCAACAGUCUGCCACUGCGGUUCUGGGUGAAUCUUAUCAAGAACCCCAACUUCGUGUUUGACAUUCACAAGUCGAACAUUGUCGACUCGUGUCUGUCGGUGGUUGCGCAGACCUUCAUGGACUCGUGCUCCACCUCGGAGAACAAGCUCGGCAAGGACUCGCCGUCGAGCAAGCUGCUGUACGCCAAGGACAUCCCCAUCUACAAGGAGUGGGUGACCAAGUACUACGACGACAUCAACCGGAUGCCAGCCAUUUCCGACCAGGACAUGAAUGCCAUGCUGGCCGAGGAGAGCCGGCUGCACCAACAGGAGUUCAACACCAACUGUGCGCUGCAUGAGCUGUACGCGUACGCCGACAAGUACACCGGUCAGCUGAUGGCCAACCUGGAGGAGGACGAGUUCUCCAGCCGGCAGCGGCUGGCGCUCAAGCUGGAGCAGGUGCACAAGAUCAUGGCCGGCGAGCCGGAUCCCUGACAAUUACAGUCGGGUGUGCUGGAGUGGACCGGCUGGAACGGAGAGUGGCAAUAGGCGCCGCGCGCGCUACUCUGCGCGCCCGCCGACCGAUCUCAGCGGCGCGACGCCGCGCGGCCGGCGCCGGCCGCUUCUGUGUUUCCACAAUCAAAACGGGCACCGCAGGCCGCAGUGGAUUUACUCUCCUUGACGUGCGGCGUCGCAGUCGCCGAGGCUGUCGUAUGUAUGCGCGCGUGUGUGUAUGUGCGCCGGCCGAGCGUGGCGCGGCGCUAGAUCAUUGUGAUACUUAUUCUGAAUAUCAAAUGGUGUUUUCUAUAGCGUGCGAGCGGCCGGGCCGGACCGGCGCGUGCGUGUCUCCGUGUUGCGGCUCGCGUGUGUGUAUGUCGUGCGCCGCCGACGCCUCACUCGUCUGUCGUCCCACUCUAUUGCGUUGCUCAAUCGGCCUGGUAAUCUUCCAAGCGCGGCGGCGGGCCUGGUUGGCCGCGCGGCCGCGCUGCGGCGCCACCGGCGGGCCGAGCGCGCGUGCCGCCGACGGACGCCGGGCGGCGUGAGCUUGCGCCCGUGCAGCGUGUACUUACGUCCUCACCGAUCCCUGUGCCAUGGUGUGUGUACAUAGUGUCUGUAUAGGCUCAGUCACAAACGGAGCAAUACCGCCCCGCACCCUGUGUUGAUAUUGCGUUCAUAUUCAUUUUUCACCGUCGCGCUAUUCGCAACGAAUCUGUUUUUUAUUCCAGUGAAAGCGCGUUGGCAUGAGUACGCAGUAGAUUCGCUCGACGGUAUGCUAUGCUGGCCGCACAGGCUUUGCGCUAUAUGUGCUCAGGAACGGCGGUCUUACGCGAACUCUGAUUGGUUUGGCUCACUCCGCCGCCGUGAGGCGACAGCUAAUUGGCUUCGGCAGUCUGCGUCUUGUAGCUGAUUGGAUUCGGCAGUCUACUUAGCGUUGCUAACUGGCUGAGGCAGCGCACGUCGCCUAGCCGGUUGGCUCGGACGAUCCACGCCGUGCAGCUGACUGGCGGAGGCAGUUUGCGCUGCUGUCUGAUUGGUCGUCACACCCAUUCCGUUGUCGGCGCGGGUCGGUUGAGAUUCGGCACGAGUGGAUUUUGUAACGGCUCGGCGGCGCGUUAGUUGCUUUUUACUGGAUCUAGUCUCAACCACGGCGUGCCCGCCGGCGAUGUUCAUGUACAUUGUGAUUGGGGGCCCGGUCAUCUCUGCUGUACAGAAACUGUUUAUUGUUAUAUUAUGUAUGUAUGUGUUUGUAUUUGUAUUUGUGUACAUCACGCUCAUUGCGUAAAUACAUUUUUCAAUGAAGGUGUA